GUGUGUGUGUGUGUGUGUGUGUGGUGGGAAUGUGCGGAGGUGUCACUUGGCACCUUCUGGACUCCGGCCUGGACUUAAAAAAGGCAGCUUGGAAGCAAAGCAGCACACACUCGAAACCCCGCUCUUUCUAGCAACAUGGCCAACAACAUGCCUUCUUCCUCUGUGCUCGAGUACAGCCUGCACUACCAGCAGUGGUUCUCUGACUCGGACCUCUCCGGAGUUUCCUCGCCGGAGACCCUCUCCCCGGACUCGUCGCCAUCGCCUCUUCUUCAGAAAGACGCCAAGUCGGGAUAUACUUCCCGCCUUGGCGUGGCCUUGCAGAGAAAGCCCAGGAGGGCGAUGAGGGUCCGGAGUAAGCAGCGCGAGAGUGCCAGCGAGAAGGAAAAGCUGAGGAUGAGGGACCUGACCAAGGCUCUGCACCACUUGAGGUCCUACCUGCCGCCCUCGGUGGCCCCCACGGGACAGACCCUCACUAAGAUUGAGACCCUACGUCUCGCCAUCCGCUACAUCUCCUUCCUGUCUGCCCAACUCGGCAACACGCCCUCCUCAACUUCCACCUCUUCAUCCUCUUCUUCAACCUGUUCGCCGGAUUACUACGCCAGCACUCUGCAGCCCCCCCAUGAUAUGUAUGCACAGCAGUGUCAAGGCCAGACUGCAGCAUUGCAUUCUGGGAGCUGUAGUUUUCCUCACAUGUUGCCACCGGGAGGAUCCUCUUCCUCCUCUACUCAGAUUGAGUACAACGACUACUACUGGGUUUGACAACAUAGCCGCCGCCACCACAACCAUCCAACGACUACUACUGCCUCACUGUGAAUGGACUAAUUUAUAUAUAUUUUUUAAAAAUAACUUCUUAUGUCAUUUGUAUUUAUGUGUAAAUAUGAAUAUGUGGAACAUGCUAUUUUUAUAUGUUUUUUUAGACCACUAUUUAUAAUAAACUGGUCAAAAUGAUGCCAACAGAGUUGUGUCCCCACUUGAAUAUGUUGAAUAAUAUUGUUUGAUGACAAUAACUCUAUGAUGCUAUUAUUAUUGUGAUUUUGAUUUGUUCUAUACGCUCCAUGCAUCGGAUGUCAUCAGACGCAGGUGACCUAAUCAAGUAGAUCGAUCGAUAGGUACUUC